GAUGGCAGCGACCGGCGAGCGGACUCCGGCUUCGUUCCAGGAGCCCCGGCACUUACCGAGACGGCCGCCGCGAGACGGCUAUGGCGUAUAUGUAUACUCAAAUUCUUUCUUCCGUUAUGAAGGAGAAUGGAAGGGAGGGAAGAAACAUGGUCACGGGAAGCUCUUGUUUAAAGAUGGAAGUUAUUAUGAAGGUGAAUUUGUGGAUGGAGAAAUCACUGGGGAAGGCUACCAACACUGGGCCUGGUCAGGAAACACCUACUCUGGACAGUUUGUCUUAGGAGAGCCACAAGGACAUGGCAUCAUGAAGUACAAAGCCGGAGGUCACUAUGAAGGGGAGCUCCUCCACGGCCUGAGGGAAGGACAGGGGUUUCUGGAGGACCAGGAUGGGCAGGUGUACCAGGGUUCCUUCCAUGACAACAAGAGACAUGGCCGUGGGCAGAUGAUCUUUAAGAAUGGUGACAAGUACGAAGGUGACUGGGUUCGAGACCAGCGUCAAGGACAUGGGGUGCUGUGCUGUGCCGACGGCUCCACUUACGAGGGUCAGUGGCACAGUGAUGUCUUCAGUGGGCUGGGCAGAUUGGCACACUGCUCGGGAGUCACUUACUGUGGGAUGUUUAUCAAUGGCCACCCAGCAGCACAGGCUAAGAAAAUUGUGGUCCUGGGCCCAGAGGUACUGGAAGUGUUCCAAGGCUCUCCCUUCACGUUGAAUGUACAGCUGCAGCAAGAUGAUGGGGAAAUUGCCAAGAGCGAGAGUGGCCGGAUGCUGAAGAUCUCAGCAGGGGUCAGAUACGUACAACUCCCAGCGUACUCUGAGGUCAGCUUCUUCAAGAUGGACGAAGAUCACAUGGAGACGCCCAUCCAGACACCGUUUGGGUUCCAGUGUAUCUCCUACCCUCUGUCCAUCCCCAAGGCCUGGGGACCAGAGUCUGGGGCGACUAUGGAAAGUGCCAGAGCUGACACCCUGCUCCCCAAGAGAGACUCAGAGUCAAUGCUGGACUCAGGAGCCUUCCAUGGCCAGGGAGACACCCCCAGCAUCCUGCCAGCGAGGAGACAUGACUCCUGCUGUCGGCGAGUGGAGCAAGGCCGUGCUGAGUUUGCAGACAUCUUCCUCGGACCUCCUCCGCCUGGGAUGCAGCCUUUUCUGUUCCUAUCCAGCAUGCUUGAGAAGACCGGCAAUAGGCCCAAAGGUGGCCAGAAUCCCCCAGAGGUGGUAUCCACCGUCCAGGAGCCUCCAGAAGGCACCAGGCCUGACGGGACCACAGAAGAGCCAUCGACAGCUGCAUAUCUAGGAGAAUAUGUGGCCAUGAUCUGUGACGUGACCACUCCUCCAUUCCUGGGCUACAGGCUGCCCACCACCUUCAAACACCUGCGAGUCUUGGCGAAGGGGGACGCCCAGUGGCCCCGUGUCCCCGAAGCUCACCCAGAAGCUCCAAGCUAG